CCGAGGGAAAGACAGGCAAGAAGCCGUGAAGCUCUCGGCUGGAAGGAGGCGGUGGUGGAGUUCGGUAGCUGCCGUUAAGCCGGACUGGACAAGAUGCUGUUGCUGUAAGGGACCUUCACGGGGCAGAUCGGAGAACCCGGAAAAUCGUUUCUGUUCACUCUGGGAAAUAAUCUUCCUGCAAUAAGCAAGAACCUUUCAGGACAAUCGAAACCUGGGGAGGAAGAGGGAAGAACGGAGAGGAGAGAGAGAACAAGAGGAAAAGGCAAAUGGAGGGCGCCCCAACACCUCUUAUCCGGCGUGGAUGUUCCCUCCCAAGGCUUGGAAUUGACACACACCCACUUCCCUUUCCGCCCACCGUUGCGACUUUCUGGUCGCCGAAGCCGGACUAUUCGACUCUCAGACUGGGGGGGAAAAGUUCCCUUCCCUGGGAAUUGACACUACUUUUGCUGCUACUUGCUACUAACUUAAUGGGUCCGGUCAAGCUGCAGUCCGUGGUGGCAUCAGACCCUCUUCCUCACGCAAUUCUGCGCUAUUCCGUUCCCGCCUUACGGAGUACUCCAGACUCUCCAUUCCUCCCUCCCUCCCUCCCUGCUUAAUGUCCGCCGCUAUUGAUCUCGAUCAAGAUAAGAUGAAGUCCUCCGCGGUGCACGUAACGAACUAUAACCUCCCUCAGUAUACGCCGUAACUCGCAACUCUAAUGGUCACACCCUAAAUGCACC